UGAAUUGAUAAGAGAAGAUCGUAGUGACAGACAUCACAACAAACAAUACCAACCUAAAGCUAAGACUAUCACAAACAACAUCUCGCGCUUUAACUACAUCUGCACUCUUCAUCACCUAACAAUGCCAUCUUGAUAUAAUUUAGCAAAUCCAAUUACAUCUACAUGCAUUUUGCACGUACAUUGUAUUCCUAGCUACCAGUCAACUCAGUAACCACAUUUGGAAAAAAUGGGAGACCUGGGGAUUAGAUUCUGUGUUAUAAUACAACCUUUAGCUCAUCUCAAGAAGCACUUCCAUUAUCUUACAAAUUGAUCGAUCUCCUCCCAUGGCUGUUCUCCUCCAUUUCCUGCUAGCGGGCAGCUUAGUACUGUUGAUGAGUUCAUCUGCAGCAGCACAGGGCAGCAACAGUAACAGCAAAACACAAGUGCCAGCAGUGUUUAUGUUUGGAGACUCUUUAGUUGAUACAGGGAACAACGAUUACAUCUCCACCAUCGCCAAGAGCAACUUCCCACCUUACGGCAGAGACUUCCCUGGCGCGAGACCAACUGGAAGGUUCAGCAAUGGCAGAUGCACGUCCGAUUUCGUAGCUGAAGUAUUUGGGGUGAAGAAGUUGCUGCCACCUUACCUUGAUCCAGACUUGGAGCUUCGGGAGCUCCUUACCGGCGUGUCAUUUGCUUCUGCUGGUUCUGGCUACGACCCUCGCACUUCGCGAUUUACUGUAGAUAUGUUAAGAGAGUACAUCAGCAAGAUGAAUGCAAGCGUCGGGGAAACCAGAACAGCUUCCAUUAUAUCACAAGGCGCAUUCAUAAGCUUCAUAGGGAGCAAUGAUGUUACCUUGCACGCUAUGUUGGGGUCUCGAUCUGGCGAGGAGGACGACGAUUCCUACACCGAUAAGAUGCUCCAUUUCGCCAUAGACUUCUACCAGCAACUUUACAAGCUUGGAGCAAGAAGAAUAGGGCUGGGGAACUUACCACCAACAGGUUGUGUGCCAGCAGUGAGAGAUGUGGUUGGAGGACAAGAGAGGGAGUGUUCAGAAGGGCUCAAUCGACGGAUGAGGCUCUUCAACACCAAGCUGGCUGGGGCGGUUAGUAAGAUGAAUGCUGAGCUCCCAGGUGCCAGGAUUGUGGUGUUUGAUUUCUACAAUGUUGUCCUCUCCAUCAUCCAGAAUUCAGCUUCAUACGGAUUUGACGAAUUCAGCAGAGGAUGCUGUGCCUCGCAUGAAAUUGAAUCUGGGUUCCUCUGUGUAAUGCCGGGGACUUGCCCAGAUGCAUCCAAGUACGUCUUCUGGGACAGUUUCCACCCCACUGAGAAAGCUUGUCGAAUCCUUUCCUACCAAAUGGAUGCCGCCGAUGACCAGAUUCUCUUCCCAAUCUCUCCACUUCCAAGCACCCGUUCCCGCUCCAGACAAACCCAUCUCAGGAGGAAGAGGGCUGGGAAGGGCAUGGAAGUUGCAGGAAAGCAAGUUGAGUUGGAACCCUUUAGAGAUAAACCAUCUGCCUUACCUGACAUAGAAGAAUUUGCAUACAAAAAGCCAAAUGGAUCAGUGCAGUCAAAGAAGGCAAAAUAUGCCACAGAAGUUCUUCCACUGAAAAAGGAGAUUGUCUACACUAUUAGUAAAACAGGCGAGCCGCCUGUAAACUGGGAAAAGGUCCUUGAAGGAAUUCGCAAGAUGCGGUCGUCUGAAGAUGCUCCUGUUGAUACUAUGGGAUGUGAGAAAGCCGGAAGCUCUCUUCCUUCUAAGGAAAGAAGAUUUGCUGUCCUUAUCUCUUCACUCCUUUCCAGCCAAACCAAAGAUCAGGUUGGAUUCUAUACAAGAAAAGCCAGUAAUAUGAAGAAAAUUGCAAGAAUUUGUCUUGAAAAGUAUGAUGGGGAUAUACCUAAUUCUUUGGAGGAUUUGCUCUCACUCCCAGGGAUAGGUCCUAAGAUGGCUCAUCUGGUUAUGCAAAUUGCAUGGGACAAUGCACAAGGGAUAUGUGUGGACACUCACGUGCAUCGUAUAAGCAAUCGACUUGGUUGGGUUUCACGACCAGGCACAAAACAGGUAGGGUUCGGGCAGACGAUUUGCACUCCUCUCAGGCCCAAGUGUGAGAUGUGCUCAGUGAGCGACUUGUGCCCAUCUGCAUUUAAGGAGAAGACCUCUAGUCCUUCAUCGAAGUUGAAAAGAUCACCUUCACUCAACAAGAAAUCUUCAACCUAAGUUCUGGGAAGUUGUAUACUUCGAUUUUUUGUGUGCCGGUUAUCCUUAAAACUGGCACUCCAUGGGGCUGACUUGGUUGAUUCUGCAGUCCUUUUGUCCAAUGAUGAAUGAAUAUCCUAAGCUGCCUUCCAUUUGUAGUUUUACUGAAACUGAACAGAAUCAAAAACUAAUGUAGAUUGUAGGGAUCCCCAUUAUGUACGUAUAGCCAAUUUGUAAUGUAAGUAAAACUUGUAUUGCAAGUGUAAGUUGAAGAGUAUCAAUCCAGCUGGAACAGUCUGAUGUCUGAAUAAGAAAAACAAAGAGAAUUCGUUUUCUUCUUAUCAAGUACUUUACAAACAGCUUCAUCGGAUUAAGUUCUACACAAUCAGCUGGCUUUUCCGCCAUCUCCAAUAGUUUACCCUCAUGGCAUCAGCAUGCUCCAACACAGAACAAAUUGUAUUUCCCAAACUGUCCUUGGUGCUGCUACUGUUCUCCUGUGAAUCUAGGCGUGAACUAGCAGGAUUCAACGUGUCCACAGCUUCCCUCAACUCUCGGCUUGGCUGUAACCCAUGACUCAGAAGAUCGAGAACCGUGCUCAAAGCGAAUACAUGGUUGGUACCACUGCUAGUCAACACCUUAAGACACAAAGUCGAGACUUGAGGAUCAUGAAUCCAUGACUUUGGGUCGUCUUUGUAGAGACCUCUGAGAUACCUCCAUGGACUCUCGUUCUCAGGGUUAGCUAGAAUCGCUGCAACCGUGUACUUCACUUCUGACUCUCUCAUGGCUUGGAGGCCUCCCAGGAGAGGAGAUUUUGUUAUGAUGAAGUAUCUCUGUAGUCACACACAUAUCACAUGUAAGUUUGACAUAUCGUAUGGAGAUGCACUUCCUGAUGAACUUAAGGUCAUCAGAUUAAUUUACAGCCAAUUCAAAAAGACUUCAAUUAAUUUUUCUUUCCCAUCAGAAUUAGACCCAAGUGAACUUUGCCUCUGAAAUCAAGACUCUACAACAAAGUGAUUUUGCCUCACAGUGUUGCAUUGUUUACCUGAUUCCAAGCUGAGUUAUUGAAAAUAUCCUCUUCAAGUAGCUGGUGGCAGUACUCUAGUUCAUCGUCCCAUCCCCCCAGAGAUUGCAGAACAAUACCUGCCUGUGGGACCAUGCAUGAUAAUUUUUAGCGUCACCAGAGAGUAUCUUCUCGGUGAACUUAAGUUCUCUACCAGCAGCAUCAGGACCGAGUUUCUCUGCAAGCCAGCGCCUAUGAUGCCAUAUCUGAUAAUUUUUAGAGUUCUUCUCAGCAAUCUUGGAAACAUAAUCCAGUUCCUGCUGCAGGUCUUUACUUAAUGUCUCCAGUAUCAAACGCCUGAAGUGCCAUACCUUGUAGUUGCCUGGAUUCAGGAGGAUGGCUUGGUGAGUGAGCUGAAGGGCGCGAGGGGAUCGCUCAUCGGCGCGGUAGACGGCGCGGAAGUAGUCCAUGGUCUCCGCAAACUCCGGCUUGUAAGCGAUCGGAACCACAGGGUUUGGACCGUCGUCUUGAGGGAGAGGACUGACGUCCGACCACUCCGGUCUCUGCGACGGCAGAAGCUUCUCCUCAUCUUCUUCCCAAUUCAUUGCUCUGCCGCGGGAAUCGCAGUAAAUCUCUCCGGUAUGCUUUUCCGGUGACUGAAUCUCUGCUUAAUCACAGUUCUCUCGGGAAUUUGCCUUUGCCUUUUCCCCUUCCCCUUUUCAACUGGCUUUGCUUGGCAAUGGAAGGAUGGAAUAACGAAAUACCGAUAAUUUAUUGCGAACAUAAAA